AUGAGUGCUCUACUUUUCUGCGUGGAUCUGGGCCUUGCGCUGGAGCUGAUCAAGAGCUAUUCUUUUACACCCGAGAUCUCCGACGAGGUAGUUUUCACAGCGACGCGCGAGGCUGUGGUGCUAUCUGGACGGAGCACUACCGAGUGUUCCAAUGGCGGCUUUUCAGAGAACGUGUCGAAUGUGGCCAUUGCCAUCACCGACAAAGGACAAGGAUGUUAUGCGACUUCACAAUACUCGGUAGGUGACUUCCCGGUGGUUGUGGGCCAGGUGAACGUCGAUGGCCAGGCUGUUGCGGCCUAUGAAAUUCGUCCAGCUGGAUCAGAUGCGGCUCAAUUCGUGGCCAGUGGCUCUGGCUUAUACCUCCGCCUACCAGGUGACAGUGCGGAGUACUCGGUCUACAACUUGAGGGGUGGAGCGCUGGUGUGGGUUGCAACCAUGCAGGCACUGGGAACUGCUCAGUUUGUUUCCACUUCGAUCAGCAUUGAAGCAUUGUCUGCACCAGAGAUCUACACCGUGUUGCCCAGUACCACCAGCAUUCCGAGCCCUACACGGUUGCUGCUCAGCGGGCACAAGGCCACUGAAUGUGACAGUCUCUUCCCCGAAUCGGAAUCGCUGGGCGAUGUGAUGGUGGUCACCAUGUCAGGAAGUGGACAGUGUUGGACGGACCUUCGCUACUCCAACAGCAACUUUCUGGUGCAGAAGGGCCGCAUAGGUGAAAUGGUGACUUACCAGAUCUCUCCGCCCACCACUAUUGCCACCCAAUUCGUGGCCAGCAGAAGCCAUCUCUACAUCAGGAAACCCACGGCCGAUGUCAAGUUGUGGACCUUUCGCGCUGGGCAGUUUGAGCUUUUGGACACGCUGCAACCAUCCGCAUCGACCUUUGAGAAGACGGCCGUGCGCCUGGACAACAUCCAAGAGGAGUUGCUUGUCAUCAUCCAUCCUGCCACGGAGCAUCUCACGGUAUGGCCACGCCUGGCACCCACCGUGGAGGCAGCAGUUCUUGAGGGUGUUUCCCAGCAGUGGUCUUUGAGCUGCUACCGCUUCCAAGUGGACGGCCAGCCCUUUGUCCCAGAGCUCCACUGGAAUCACGGUCCUGGAAGCCACUCAGGAAACUACGGCACCUACAAGCGCUUCUUUCCUGUGAUGCACUCCGACGGUCGCGAAGGCGUUAUUUGGCAAGACUUCAGCAAUGAAUUGGUGAAAGUCACCUGGUUAUCUUCAGAUUUGCUGUCAACCGAGACGACGCAGUUGGUCGCUUUGAACUCCCAACUUCUGGUAGGCGCUGUUGGAGAUGACCAUGGUGAGCUGUUGGUCCUGCUGGGAAGUAGUGAGACGCCAAGUAGCAAAAGUGGCACCGUGGAGGCUGUGGUGAUAAAAUUUUCAUCCACGGGCACCGAAGUUCUUCGAAAAUCUCUGCCCACGGACAAGGCAAACAUGAACGUCUACUCCUUCUUCAAAUCUGGUGCCACUUUGGCAUGGGAUCGAGGUGCUGGCACCAUCGCCAUGGCCAUCGCUCGUACUAUGACCACGGCAUCUGAUGGCUUGAACCACCAAGGUGGCAUUGCCAUUGUCCUGAAUGCCAGCACCCUUGAGAUGAUCACCAAUUACGGUCAAACCUCCGGCCAUUCAUUCGGCAAUUCUCUGAAAGUUUCGAAGAAGGAGGGCUGGUAUCUUGGAAUGGACCUGGGCGACAACUACCCGCGUGGUGUCAACGUAUGGGAACUGAGGGGAGACUAUCGCCUCUGGAAAAAGAAGUUGGUCUACACCUUCAAGACCAAGCAUGGUCGGACUCCAGAGAGCCCUGCAGGAACGUCUUAUCCCAUCUACGAAGAGAUCUCCGGAAGUGAUCAAACGUUCUACCAGUGGAGCAAUGACAACUACGUCUACACUGAGUUGGCCCAUCCGGGUCUCCACGAAGUCAAUGAUGCCUUGUUGGUCUUCUUUGCGACGGAGUCUCCACCCUUGGACAACAGCUUGGUGGGGACGGUCAUGAACGUCCCGCGAAAUGUUGCUUGGGUGAAGAUCUACAGGGACUUCAGCAACAGCUCCGUUUUAUCACCUGGCCAGGAAGAGCGGGGGGGGUUUUAUACCUUCGGCGGAAGAUGGUCGGAGCAAAUCAAUCGCGGGAUCAGUUUCCUCACAGCUUAUCAGGAUUUGUCGCAGAGCGUGUCCAGAUUGAAGACCGCAGUCCUGAAUGAUAACAUUGUGCUACUCUGGGAAAUCUGGUCUGGUAGCUCCUACAACAGGACUGAGUUCAUGGUCAUUGACAUGGAUGGACAAGUCAUCCGGCCAGUUACUACUUUGGCUUUUAAUUUUCAACUGCCCUUUGCAGAUGACGUGAUAGUGAAGGAUGGCAAGAUCGUGGCUUACGUAGGCACUGACGCGGCCAAAACGGAAAACCCAUCGCUGGCACGCUAUGAAGUCUGCGUUGCCGGCUGUGAAAUGCCCAGUGGAACCUCUGGAAACACCGAUUCUGGGAGCUCGGGGAGCUCUGGGAGCUCAGGGAGCACUGGCAGUGGUGACACAAGUAGCACCACUGCAAUGCCUGAGUUGCCAUCAUCAGGAGCCGUCACUGCAAUGCUCGCAGCACAGAUUUUUAUAUGGGCUGCCUUCGUUUGA